AUGUCCCGCCUCAUAGUCAAGAAUCUUCCAACAUACCUCACUCCGGACCGUCUGCGCAAGCACUUUGAGCAAAAGGGCGCGCCUGCGGGUACGAUCACCGACGUCAAGGUCUCCUUCAAGCCCGAUGGGACGUCGCGCCGCUUCGGCUUCGUAGGCUUCAAGUCCGAAGCCGAAGCUCUUCGGGCCAAGGAGUGGUUCAAUCGGACGUACGUCGACUCGACGAGGAUCACUGUGGACGUUGUUGAUGUACGUUUCUCGCCCCUUUCACUGUCUGCUGCGGUUAUCGUAACUUUGGGAUGGCAGGGAACGAAAGACGCGCCCGCACCGCGGCCAAACAAGCGUCGACGGCUUGAUCCCACUCCUGAGGACGAGAAUGCUCCUUCGAAGGCAAAUGGCGGAAAGGUCGACAAAAAGAAGAAAGCCAAUGUAGCUGCUGGUAAGGAGGCCGAAGCCGGGACUGAGAACUCUCAGCUGGCUGAGUACAUGACUCUCAUGAAGCCGAAAAAGGGUCCUGCAUGGGCCAACGAUGCCGAGGUGUCGCAUCCUGCGGCGCCUGUACCUUCUUCCUCUACUACUGCUAAGGCUACCUCAGAACAAUCGAAGGAUUCAGCUGACGCUAACGACCCCCCUGACGAAGAGAUGGCGGAACCGUCUCCGCAUGUACCUGACGGUGACGAGGCGAUCUCCGACAUGGAAUGGAUGCGGCGACGGAUGGCCGCCGCUUCUACUCUAUCUCAGCCUGCUGAGGACGCUCGCGAGGAGAAAGCAUUUUAUCAGUCUGAAGACGAGGACGACAACACCCGACAGGACUCCACUAAAGCGACACCGGAGCCAGAGGCUGAAAAGGACCCGGCGAAGGAGACUAUUCUUGAGACAUCUCGGCUCUUCCUCCGUAAUUUGACUUUCUCGUGCACGGAAGAGGAGAUACGCGAGCACUUCCAGCCAUUCGGCAAUAUCUCUCAGGUGCAUAUCCCACUGGACUCCUCGACGAGGAAGCCAAAAGGCGUCGCCUACGUGACCUUCUCCGAGGGCGCCUCUGCUCUCUCUGCGUACGAGUCUCUCGACAAGAAGUCCUUCCAAGGACGUGUUCUGCACAUCCUCCCUGCUGUCGACCGCAUUCCGAAGCCCGAGCAGCCAGGAGACGAUAAGAAGAGGAGUGUGAAAGAUCAAAAGGCCGCGCAGCGCAAGGUGACCGCAGGACGUGAGUUUAACUGGAGCAUGCUGUACAUGAAUAGUGAUGCCGUGAUGUCGUCCGUUGCGGAUCGAAUGAACGUGUCCAAGGCCGAUAUGCUCGACCCCGAGUCAAGCAAUGCGGCUGUGAAGAUGGCGCUCGCGGAGACGCACGUUAUUCAAGAGACCAAGGCGUUCCUUGAGCAGCAAGGGGUUGUCCUCUCCACGUUCGACGACGACUCAUCGGGAUCGGGGUCGAAACGUGUGAGGCGGUCGGACACGACAAUCCUCGUGAAGAACAUACCCUAUGGGACGAGCGAGGCGCAGAUCCGGGAGAUGUUCGAGCCGCACGGGCAGCUUGCGCGUGCGAUUGUUCCGCCUGCGGGGACGAUUGCGGUUGUGGAGUUUCUGCACGCAGACGAGGCGGGGAAAGCGUUCAAAGCUGUCGCGUACCGGAGGCUAGGCAACUCGGUGGUGUAUCUCGAGAAGGGGCCGUUGGGGAUGCUGCGGGAUCCUGACGAUGUGCCUUCUUCGUCUGCUCCAGCCACAGCUAGUCUUGCUAUCAGUAGAGGAGAAGCGGCGAAGCCCGUGACGAUCGAUGAUCAGGAAGCUGGCGCAGGCGCAGGGGAUGAGCCAGCUCUUUCGGCGGGAAGCACGCUGUUCGUGAAGAACCUCUCCUUCGCGACUACGAACACACGCCUCUCGCAAGCGUGUGGUGCCCUCCCCGGGUUCGCUUUCGCGCGCGUGCAGACGAAACCCGAUCCGAAGCGCCCUAGCGACCCCACGGCGCGGCUCAGUAUGGGUUACGGCUUCGUGGGAUUCAAGACCCCCGAGCACGCACGAGGCGCGCUCAAGAGCGUGCAGGGGCUGGUGUUGGAUGGGCAUGCGCUGAGUGUGAAGUUUGCUGGGCGCGGGCAGGAGGAGGUGGGGCAAGAGGGCAAGGGGGCAUCGUCGAAGGGGAGGACGACGAAGAUGAUCGUGAAGAACGUGCCGUUCGAGGCGAGCAAGAAGGAUAUCCGCGAGCUCUUUGGUGCACACGGCCAACUCAAGUCCGUUCGGUUGCCCAAGAAAUUCGACUCGCGUUCGCGCGGGUUCGCGUUUCUCGAGUUCCUCACGCGGCAGGAGGCCGAGAACGCAUACGCCGCUCUGCGCCAUACACAUUUGCUCGGGCGGCACCUCGUGCUCCAGUGGGCGGAGGAGGACGGCGCGACGGAUGUGGACGCGCUCAGGGCCAAGGCCGGGGUGGGCUUUGGCGGUGGCGCGGAGUUGCCGUGGAAGAAGCGCAAGGUGCGGAUUGGGGACGACGAUGCCGGGGAGGAUGGAGUGGACAUGUAG